UACCCAUUUGAAGACCAAACUCGGCCCUGAAAUGCUAUUCAAAGUCUCUCUUCUGUUCGCGACAGCCACCCUGCUCUCCGCUGGACGUGUGCCCCGCAUUAUAGGCGGACAGGACACGCCCAUCGAGGAGGAUCCCUGGCAAGUGUCCCUUGUCGUGGGGGGAGACCAUGCCUGCGGUGGUUCCAUCUACAGCAAGGACUUUGUCAUAACUGCCGCCCACUGCGUGUCGAGGGUAAACCCCGAGGAGCUGCAAGUGCGGGCGGGCUCCACGCUUCGUAGCCAAGGCGGAACGCUCCACCGAGUGGCGGCGAUUAAAUAUUACCCUGGAUACUCCAAUUACGAAUUUUGGAAAAACGACAUUGCCGUCAUUCGAUUGAGCGAACCUCUCGAGUUCAGCGAUCGAGUGCAGAGCAUCCGCUUGGCCGGGGAAGACCCUGAGGCUGGCGCCCAGGCAAAGAUCACCGGCUGGGGCUGGACCUUCAAGAAUGGCGCCAUGCAAAUCCCCGACAUCCUUCAGGGCGUGGCGAUACCCAUAGUGAGCAGGGCGUGCUGCCAACUGAAGUAUCCCGAAUUUGGCAUCACAGAAGCCGUCAUUUGUGCCGGCACUAGUCACAAAUCCACACUAUUCGAGGACUCCGGUGGCCCCCUGACUGUGAACAAGCAGCUGGUGGGCGUCGUCUGUGGUGGGCGGUACGGCUCUCCCAUAAUGUAUUCCAGUGUGAUCUAUCACAAGGAUUGGAUUCUAGGUGCAAUCGAAGCGCUUUCCUGAAGGAAAACCACAAAUUGAAACGGGAAUUCCAUAUU